AUGCGGCGCGGCGAUGUCGACGACGACGUCAGGCACCACCGCCGGAUUCCCCGCGCCGACGAGAUCGAUGCUGCCAGGUUCCCCAUGACAAUCUGUUACAGCGACGACGACGAGGAGAUCGAUCUGAAGUCGCCGUCGGAGAUCGUAGCCCUCCACGCCGCGUGCCGCGACCGCAUCACCGAGUACGACCCCAAGAAGAGAGCCCGCGUUCUCACCCGCUUCUGCGGCGUCAACCUCGCCGGCUUCGACCUCGACAGAGAGUCCAAGGUUGGCCUCGGGCCGCUGCUUGAGGAUGUAACGCCGCAGCUGUGGGAGCUCCGGGCGGGGACGUCGUACAAUGUCGUUUCCGUCAAGGAGGAUAUGUUAGCAUUGACAGGUCCACGUCGAGGAUUAGUAGCAUUUGAUAAUAUACAUUUUGAGUUCAACCUGAAGGUAAAGGGUGAUCCUGAUGAUGAAGACUUUAGCAAAGGCGUAAUUGAGUCCCGCACCCUUGACUCUGGACCCAUAACUAUGAUGCUACCUAGUUGGCUCAGUACAGUGGAAUUAGUAUUUGCACCUGUUAAACAUCCGGUGGCGGCUAGCCUCCAAAUCAACAUUCUGAACGGUCCGCCCUAUGCCCCUUUCGUUGGCAAAGUAUCUUCUGGGACUAGAAAUGCCGAGACCCAUAUUAUUCUAUAUGAUGGUAGGGCAAUGAGUUGCAGCGGGAUAUUAGUCGGAGAUGAUGGCUCCAUUCCCUUGAGUCGUAAUUUGGUGGUUAUCCCUAUACCUACAUGGGACGAUGAUGAAGAGUUUUUGGUCCAUGUUUGUAUUUUUGAUAAUGACGAGGAUGAAGGCACUCAUGUUACUCUACAGCACCCUGAUGAAGAGCAUGUUUGCACUCACGGUUCCUAUGAGCUAAAAGUGAAGGUUACAUGGACUGCCAUCCUCACAAGACCGAUGGGUGCCAAAUAUAACCCAAAGAGGAACCUCUCUUGGACCGAGCGUUAUGGUUCGCUGAAUUACAGUGGUUGA